CCAUUUUCAGAUAGAAAAAAAGAAAAUCAAUCUUCUAGGUCAAGAAAUUGAAAACCAAUGCUAGCCAUACAGCCAAGGGCAAGGACCAAGCCAUGGCUGCAUCCACCAACUACAAAGAAACACAACAAUUCUUUUCUAUUCAAAACCAAAAUUCUUCCACUGAAAGUUUCAAACACUUCAAAUGAAAACAAAGAAACACAAGAAUCAGCAGCAGGCAACAUUAAGAGACUUGUUCUUCCCCAGGAAGGUAGAGUCAAACUAAACACAUACCCAGAUAGAGAUUUCUAUUCCUAUCCAAGAUUUGUGACCCAUGUUGAUGAUAAUUUCAUUUCAACAUUGACCAAUCUCUACAGAGAAAAGUUGAGAGCUAGUUCAGAGAUUCUUGAUCUCAUGAGUUCUUGGGUUAGCCAUUUGCCUAAAGAAGUUGUAUAUAAAAGAGUGGUUGGGCAUGGGCUUAAUGCACAAGAACUUGCCAAGAAUCCAAGAUUGGAUUAUUUUUUUGUCAAGGAUUUAAAUCAGGAUCAGAAAUUGGAAUUUGAGAAUGGGAGUUUUGAUGCAGUGGUUUGUACUGUUAGUGUGCAGUAUCUUCAGCAGCCAGAGAAGGUAUUUGCAGAGGUGUUUAGAGUGCUAAAGCCUGGAGGGAUGUUUAUAGUAAGCUUUAGCAAUCGAAUGUUUUAUGAGAAAGCCAUUGGAGCCUGGAGAGAUGGGAGUGCAUACAGUAGAGUACAAUUAGUUGUGCAAUACUUCCAGUGUGUACAAGGAUUCACUCAACCGGAGAUUAUUCGAAAACUACCGCCGGCUACCGGAGAUUCUGAAGCCGAUGAAUCACCUUUCAAAUGGUUCAUGAGGUUGUUAGGGUUGUUGUCUGGAUCAGACCCGUUUUAUGCUGUAAUAGCUUACAAGAACUUCAAACCUGUAUAUGAAUCGCGUUCUUGAAUUUUACCAAAUACGAAGGAUAAAACUUGCCUGAAAUAGUUGCUCUGAUUUUUACCCAAAUCCAUGAGCUGUAACUAAAAUUAUAAAAGUGAAAUUUUAACCAUUUAAA